AGAUACAAACUUACAGUCAUGAUAUUUUGGUUUGAAUGUUGGCGGCUCGUUUAUUGCAAGAGCUGAAAUAUUCAUAGUUAGAGUAAUAUCCAAAACAACAUUAGUAAUUAGGUAUAGCUUAUAUUCGACAAUAAAAACACACCUCUUGAUUUUGUACGGGAACCGGGUGGACGUCCUCGUUUUCUCUUAUGAGUUAUCCCGGACGAUGUUUCUGCUUAUAGAAAAAUAUUGGAAUUAUAUAGUAUAUCUUAGUUCUUUUGGAAAUUAUCAUAUUUAGUUUUUAUAGAUAGCAAAAUAAAUAAAAAUUUAUUGGUUGUAUCAUUUAUACGUCUUAUUUUGGUACUGAAAAGAGAAACACAAAACUCAAAUAUAAUAUGUUAAAUUAAAAAUAUUGUCAAACUAUUAUAUUAGAUAUUUUAAUUUAGUGACACAAAAAUAUUUCAAGAAUGUAGAAUUUUUAGAAUAAUUAACCAAUAUAUACAAUUUUUAAAAUAAUGAUUGCAUAAAUAAAAUUGUUCUAAAACACACAUAUAUAUAAUAUAAUUUAUUUUAUAUUUUAAUUAUUAUAUUAAAAACAAAAAUAUAUAAAGUAGUGUAUUCCAUAUAUAUAAUUAUAUAUAUAACUAAUAAUCAAAUAUUUUUUUGACUACGAUGUCCUAUAAAUAUAAAGUACGUAUAAGCAUAUAAAAAGUCUAUUGUUAUAUUUCUUUGUAAAUUUAGAAAAAGAUCUGUUUGCUAAUUUGUAUGUAUGAACUGCGACAAUUCUAGUGUCUAAAUAAUAAUACCACACAGUUGUUUUAGUCUGCUGUGUUCUAAGAUGAUGUGCACGCGAUUUGUUCUUAAACAUAGGCAAAAUCAUUAGGCUGAGUACUCAAAUCAGACUAAAUAUGAAAAAUCCCCAGCAAACAGUUUAUAGUUAUUUGUCUUACCUCCGGUCUCCACAUUGCUAGGUGUAGGUGGUUUUCCCAUUAUGUUGAAGGUGCAAUCCUUAGUAUGCAUUCAAUAAAAGUAAAACGUUUUAGACUAUAAAUAUUGUUAUGGAGAGAUAUUGGUGAGUUAGAAAACUUACACUUCAAAGAGAAGAUGAGAUCUGGUUGCGUGUUCAGUCUUGCGAGAAGGAGAAGAGGUACUUCUAGCAGAAUAUGGUAACUGCUCUACCUUACUUGUGUGAUGUAGGGUUUUCGCAGAUAUGGUAACUCACAAUGAUUUCUUAUAAAACUACUCAUCACGUAUCGAAUAUUAUGUAAUGUUAUUAUCCUAAACUUUAAUAAUGUGUCUUUGCUCUACUGGAAUUGUAGCCCUCUUAUAUGCACUCAUGCAGGGUUCGAACUCCCAUAUAAUGUUUUUUUUUGUUUUAGCCUUAUGUUUUAGCCUUAUUUUUUGGCUUCUGCUGAGCUUCAGGAAUAGGAAAUGUGUUUAUGUAAUACUAAUUUUAAAUCCUUAUCGGUUUCAGACGGACUAAGAGAAAACUGUCUAACAUGUAGCUGUAUUUUUCUUUUUGAAUUUUUUGGUUUUUUCAAAAUCUAUACUAUACUAAAAGUUGCAUAUCCUCAAUAGCUAAGCUAUCCACGUGGGCUGAAAAAAUCAACCAAUCAGAUGUAUAACUAAUGCCAUGUCAGCAAUCGAUAUUUUUGCUUUACAAUUGUGGUUUUCCUUUCAUCUUCCCGUCUUUUGCGUUUCUAAACGUCUUGAUCCUUUCCCAUUGAUUGAAACGAAACAGAGUGAACAGAUCCAAGAGUUGUUUGAUUUCGUGUUAAAAAAUGGGGCCUGGAAGUAGAGAAAUCUCUUCGGAGCAACAAUUUCAUGUUGAUUUUUGCCGUGUUCGUCUUCUCACGACAGACAGGAAGAAUAGGAGUGUUUUGUGAGGGAGCUAUUGAGACAGAGAGGAAGCACAAAGGAGAAGAAGAACUAAGUUUAUCUUUAAAGAUUAGGUUUCAACACACCGAGCUGCUCUCAAGUGUAGUCAGAAGUUGCUUUCUCAUCUAUCAAUGAUUAUUUGACAAGAGAGCAUCCUCAAUUCUUCAUAUAUCAAUUAUCACGGCACUCAAGUACAUCCACAUUGGUAUUUCAAUUUCUUUUGGUCUCUGACUUUACCUUUUUCAUCAUUCAAUCUCUUUAUGUGUAUAUAAUAUCUGUCUAGAGAUCACUGACUUCCACAGAUUAUAGCGUAUGUCAAAUUGUCUUUUAAACCUUAACAUUUACUCAGCUACUUAACCCACUGAUGUAGUAUACUGGCAUCAUGACGUUUCCUAAUAUCUCACUUAGUUUUGGCUUUUUGAAUUUUGGUCCCAUCGAGAUUUCUGGAGAUUUUAUUCUGUUUAAUAAUUUAUGUACCUCAGUUGUUGCACUUGCAGCUAAUGUCUAUCACAGAGAUCUGAAGCCAAAGAACAAACUGGCAAAUGAAAACUGUAAAAAUGUAGAUUUGUGAUUUUGGAUUAGGAAGGGGUUUCAUUUAGUGAUAGCCCCACAUCAAUCUUUUGAAGGGUAUGGUGCACAAGAUGUCUCUCUAAGAGUCUUUCUCUUCUCCUAAAGUCAGUUUGUAUAUUCUCAAACCUUAUUAUCUAUUAAAUUUACUGUAUGUUGCUAUAAGAUAGUAUACCGCUCCACUACUUUGUGGAUGUUUCCGUUCCAAGUUGCUUCUCUAUAUAAGCCUUUCUUUCAAUUUUUGUAUUACUGCCAGCUAAUUUUGGUGGAUUUGGAUUUUUAGUAUACACCCGCCAUUAAUAUAUGGAGUAUAUGCUGCAUCUUUUCCGGAGUAUUAGUGAGAAAUCCACUUUCCCUGGAAAUAAUGUGGUUCACCAGAUGGAUCUUAUGACUGAUCUGCUGGGGAAACCUUCCAUGGACACCAUCUCCUGGGUACUGAUCUUCUUAGACAUAAGGUUUUGAGGUUCUGCAAAAUCUUAAAAGCAUGGACCAAUGACGAGGACCCUGAUUUUACAAUAUUAUACAUGUAAGGAAUGAGAAGGCAAGGUGGUACUUAACAAGCACAGACAUCUCAAGCGCAGAGUAGACCUCUCAUGAAACAGAGUCUCUCAAAGGAAGGAAACAUGUGGAGAUCAAAUUAGGAGUAGACCUCUCUUCUUUCAUAGUGCAGGCAUAUCAAGCGCAGUUCUUCAUAGUUCAUACUGAAGACAAAAUAUUUACAUAUAAGGAUCAAGAGGUAUGGCGGAAAACGUCCGCUUUCUCUGGUUAAGAUUAAGACAACAUGGGAUAUACUUGGCGGGAAGCUUACUGCUCGUACUCUGGUUACAAGGACGAGCUAAUGUGGGGUGCGGCCUGGCUGCUGAAAGCAACCGAUGACUCGAAUUACAAAAACUUCAUACAAUCUCUAGGAGGUGGAGAUCAUCCUGACAUCUUCAACUGGGACAACAAAUAUGCUGGCGCUUAUGUUCUUCUUUCACAGCAAGCAUUAGUUAACAAUGACAACACCUUUGAUCAAUACAAGCAAGAAGCUGAGAGCUUCAUAUGCAAGAUCCUCCCAAAUACUCCCUCUUCGUCUACCAGUUACACUCCAGGAGGCUUGAUGUACAACUACAACUUACCUCAGAGCAACCUUCAACACGUAAUGGCCAUAACAUUCUUGCUCACAACCUACGCCAAGUACAUGAAAGUCACACAACACACGUUCAACUGAAGAAACUCCGUUAACAUUGUCCCCGACACCUUGAUAAGCUUAUCGAAGCAACAAGUUGAUUAUAUACUCGGCAAGAAUCCGGCCAAGAUGUCGUAUAUGGUUGAUAAGCUUAUUGAAGCAACAAGCAUAAUUUUGGAAUGUUAGGGUUUGUGAGAGUAAUGAAGGACCAUAAGAGGUUGCACUGCUGCUGCCAUGGCUGAUGGAGAAAGAGCUACUGUUUAUGAUUCAGUUGAGACCCCUGUUUAGGCCAGUAACACUGGAGAGGAAGAAAUAGAUUAAUAGGAGAGGAGUUCUGCCAUGAAGACACGCAAAGACUAGACAGUCCAGUGGACACUCUCACUUUUAUGUUGCAUUACAGGCUUUUUCAAUUUUCACAUUACCAAUAACUACAACAACUUCUCAGUGAAAACCAUGUUCUGGUUUUUAUAUUUUUAUGUGUAUUUCAAAUUUCAACUAUACUCUGCAUUCUCAAGUUAAAAUUUAUUUUCGUUU